CUGGGCUCUCUCGCUCUCUCUCUCUCUAUAUAUAGCAUCUUUGGUUGCUUUGUGGAGAAAGAGAGAGCUCAGAUUGAGAAAAUACAAAAUGCAGCCAAGGGGGAGUGGUAGCUCAUCAAAACUUGAUCGAAAUGAAAUUGAGAAAAGCCGAAGAUUGCAACUCAAAGAUCUCUAUUCCAAGCUUGCUUCUCUCAUCCCUAACCAACCCUCAGAGGAAGGACUGCCAUUACGUGAUAUGUUGAAGCAAGCCACCAAGUAUGUGGUGGAGCUUAAACAGAAUGUGGAGGAGCUGAAGCGGAGAAAGGCAGCCCUCAAAGGCGAUGAGGGUGGUUCUAAGGAGGAGAGGUCACCGGUCUUGAUGGUGCGAAACAUGGGUUCAACUUUGGAGGUGAAUUUGAGUACUGGGUUGGACAAGGAAUUCAAGUUACAUGAAGUUUUGAGUGUUCUUAAGGAAGAAGGAGUUGAGGUUGUAAGUGCUAGUUACACUACUGUGGGAAACCAAAUCUUCUACACUAUUCAUGCUCAGGUAUAUAUAUAUAUAUAUAAAGUUAUAUAGUCCUAGAAAAAUAUCCGAAAAAUACAUUUUACAGUUAAGAUUAAUUAUCCCGACUAUAUAAAAAAUAGAUCUCAACCAUAUAUCACUAUUCUAAGUCAAUUUCUGAUCCAUAUUUUUGGAUGCAUAGACUCUCACUUUGAAGUAAGAAAGUCUACUUAUUGGCUUAGAUUUGGGUCAACUGCAUGGUUCAUUUUUUUUUUUUAAAUAAAUAAAUUAUAUUCAAUAUAUGGGAAGAAACUUCUCUCCUAUAUAUUAUUGAACUACAGAGGUUUAAUGCGGCUCAUUGUAAGCUCAAUUUUCAUCUUAUUAAGUUUGUUGUGCACAUUAUUUAUACUAAAAAAGAAAGUUGAUUUAAUCAUUUGAUCAGAUCAUAUUUGUCUACAAAAUAUAAACAAAUUGUAUAAUUUUAAAGAUAGUCCGUUUAUUUUAUUUUAUUUUAAUUUUUCCAGACAAAUAUAAUCAAAUCAAAUGACUACCAAUAAUGUUUGAUCAAUUUACUUUUUUAAAUGAAUAAUGUGUUUAACGAGCUCCACAAAAUAAACAAUUCGGAUGGUAAGAUGGGUUGGCUAGGAGCUGCUCCCUUGUAUGUAUAUGUAUAUACAUUACCUGACACAUUUUAAUUACACUUUAAGAGUAAUCAUUCGUUUUCUAAUUACACUUUAAGAGUAAUCAUUCGUUUUCUAAAUUAAUAAAUAAUUAAAUAGAAAAAUAAAAUGGGUGGAUUUGUGAUUAUGGUUGGUUUUUUAGUGGUUUUUUUAACUUUUUAUGUUUUUUUAUAA